AUGCUGUGGAGGGCCUUACAGCGCCGGCUUCCAGCCGUGACACACCUCGAGAUUGUCCAAUGUCGGCGCCUUCCCCAUUCAUACAUCAGGUCAACACGCCACUUAUCCAGUUCAACUACAUUCCCAACCCGUUCGCAAUUCAACCGGUCAGAUUUCACAAGUCAGCCAUUUACUGGAAGCUAUGAGCCGGGGCUUCCAACGACCGGGCCCCUCGGAUCAACGCCGGCCUUUGGUGCCCCGCGUAUUACUCCGAAAGUGCUGAAGCAGUAUCUCGAUCAAUACGUGGUGGGCCAAGAUCGCGCCAAGAAAGUGCUCAGUGUCGCCGUAUAUAAUCAUUACCAGCGCGUUCAAGAGCUCUUGCGCCGCGAAGAAGAGGCAGCCGAGGCACAUGCAAAGCGGCAGCGGCGGGAGGCAAUUGAGAGUCAUCCGUUGGAAGAUGAAUUUCCCGUCCAGCAAAGGACUGUAGGGGUACCACAGACUCCAAAGCCACAUCGCAGUACCCCCCUAGAUCUCCCGGAACUCGCCGACACGUCACCUUUACAGCUGGAAAAGUCCAAUAUAUUGCUUUUGGGACCAUCUGGUGUCGGAAAGACUCUCAUGGCAAAGACUCUUGCCAGAGUUCUUUCUGUUCCAUUCAGUAUUUCCGACUGCACCGUGUUUACCCAGGCCGGCUACAUUGGAGAAGACGCUGAGCAGUGUGUUCACCGACUUUUGGCAGCGGCAGACUACAAUGUGGAACAGGCGGAACGUGGCAUCAUUGUUCUUGACGAGGUGGACAAGAUUGCCGCAGCGAAAGUCAGUCAUGGCAAGGAUGUCGGCGGUGAAGGUGUCCAGCAGGCACUCCUCAAGAUCAUCGAGGGCACAACGGUACAGGUUCAAGCCAAGCCCGAGAAGAACCCGCGCGCAACCAGUCCUCCAAAUAGCUACCCAUCUAACAGUCCAUUGGGGAACUCGCCAUUCCAAUCUAACAGUCCAGGCAACCCAGCUGCGAAGGGCGAAAUUUACAAUGUGCGCACGGACAAUAUUCUGUUCGUCUUCUCUGGCGCAUUUAUUGGACUUCACAAAGCGAUUAUGGACCGGAUAUCUCGCGGUUCCAUAGGCUUCGGUCAGCCUGUACGGGCAGCCUCAAGCACUACGGAUCGUCCAGGGUCAUCAAAUCCAUCUCCCAACGAGCCCUUUCAAAUACUUCCCGGAUCCGAAGAAGAAGCGCUGUACAAAAAGCAUCUCCCCUUCUUCAGCUCUGCAACGCCAGCUGGUUCUGGCGCUGAGCCAACCUACUUCAACCCCCUUGACCUUCUAACCCCCGCAGAUCUGCAAAGCUACGGGUUUAUUCCCGAACUGAUUGGGCGCAUUCCUGUCACUGCCGCUCUCUCCACCCUAUCCCAACCAUUACUUCUACGCAUCCUCACCGAGCCUCGCAACUCUCUUCUAGCCCAAUACACAACUCUGUUUUCUCUUUCCGGCGUCGAGCUGCGCUUUACCACCCCGGCACUGCACAAACUCGCCGCCAAUGCCUUUACAAUGGGAACUGGUGCACGAGCGCUCCGCACGGAGAUGGAAACCAUCCUCAGCGACGCCAUGUUCGAAGCCCCCGGCUCGAGUGUGAAGUUCGUUCUUGUGACUGAGGCCGUGGCGCAGCGCAAAGAAAAGCCCAUUUAUCUUGCUCGGGGACAAGGUGGUCGGUUCCAUGCGAUGAUAUCUGCCGAGGAAAGUAAAUGGGAAGAGAAAAUUGGCCGCGAGAAGAAAGAUCAGGAUAUGAAGGCCAAAGCACAGGAUGAUGCUGGUGAUGGCUCUUCUCAUCCUUCGAGCUUCCAGGAGUAUCGGGACCAGGCAAUUGGUUAA